GUGACAAAACCAGAUAAAAUAUCUCUCUCUGAUAUCGUCUGUCUUCCAUCUUUUUCUCUCUCUACCGAUAAAAUAUCUCUCUGCGAUCUGCGAAUACAGAAGUCAAUCAGUUGAUACAUUAUCAGUGAAGACAGAAAUUAUAUUUGAUAGAUCAUGAGUUAUUAUAAUCAGAAUCAGCCGCCAGUGGGUGUACCUCCGCCUCAAGGUUAUCCGCCGGAGGGAUACCCGAAAGAUGCAUAUCCGCCGGCUGGAUACCCGCCGCAGGGGUACCCACCGCAAGGGUACCCGCAGCAGCAGGGGUACCCACCCCAGGGCUAUCCUCCGCAGUACGCCCCCCAGUAUGGCCAUCCGCCGCCGCAGCAGCAGCAGCAACACCACUCCAGUGGCAGUACCGGAGUAUUGGAAGGAUGUUUGGCUGCUCUCUGCUGCUGCUGUCUCCUUGAUGCAUGCUUCUGAUUAGUGAUUGAAGAAACUGUGAAAAGGGGAUUUGCUUCGAGAAUUCAGGUCUUCUGAUUCCUUGAUGCAUGCUUCUUCAUUCUAUAUGCCAAAACCAUCUAUGUUAUUUCCCCCCUUCUAUGUAAUUUCUGGACUUCACUUCCAUUUGUGAGUAAUGAUUUCUUUUUCUGCUGGUGUCAA